CAGUUGCAGUGCAGCACACACGAACACAAGCUUGAGCUACUUAUACUCGGCAACCGGAAGCGUUCUCCCCCGCGCACCACCACCCCCUACACGGCCCAGGAGCUCUCAGAGCCAUGGACGCUGACGCGAUCCAUGCGCCCACCACGUCUUCCACCUCCUCCUCCGGCGCCGGAUCCUGCGUCAUCAACGGCGCGCAGGAGCUGCCGUCCGCGAACGGCAGACAACACAAGCACGUGAAGCGGAAGCGGGCCGCGUCCCCGCCCGCUGCUCCCACUGGCCGCCGGCCGCCGGAAGCCACCGUGGACGAGGAAGGCAGCGACGGCGGCGGCCGGCGCAAGAGGGGGAGCACCGCCGGCACCAGGCACCCGACGUUCCGUGGCGUGCGCAUGCGGGUCUGGGGGAAGUGGGUGUCCGAGAUCCGGGAGCCGCGCAAGAAGUCGCGCAUCUGGCUGGGCACCUUCGCCACCGCCGAGAUGGCGGCGCGCGCCCACGACGUGGCCGCGCUCGCCAUCAAGGGCCAAGCCGCGCACCUCAACUUCCCGCACCUCGCGCACGAGCUCCCGCGCCCGGCGUCCACGGCCCCCGCAGACAUCCAGGCCGCGGCCGCCGUGGCAGCAGCCGCCGCCGCCGCCGCGGACGUAGAGCAAUGCGUCUCUUCCCAAUCCCAUGCCGACGAGACGUCAGCUGCCAGUUCGGAGAAGGUGGCCGCGUGCGCCGCCAAGGCAGCAGCAGCAGCCACCGCCGGCGUGGAGCAAUGCGAGUCCUCCCCUGCCGCCGAGGCGGCGUCGUCGUCAUCGGCUGCCAGUUCGGUGGAUGCCGCGGCCGGCCACACCGAGGAGAGCGUCCUGUUCGACUUGCCCGACCUUCUGCUGGACCUGAGCGACGGCCUCUGGUCGCCCAUCUGGGCGGCGGCUCCCGCGGCGGCGGAGGAGUACGACGGCGACAGCCUGCACGAGCCGCUUCUGUGGGCCGACGACGAUCAGUGCUGGAUGGGCGCCGCCGCGCCGGUGCAGCCGGACUAGCCGUGAACCGCCGGUGGUUGGCUGCGCCGGUGCAGCCGGACUAGCCGUUCCGUCCGGUGGCACCGGCGGCCGUGACCCGCCCGCCGAUGGUUGGCUGCAACAGACGACCGGCACCACGUGCUUUUGCUUCGCGUGCAGCAGAUGAAUUUUUUUAAGUCUAAUUAGUUUAUGAUUGAAUAUUAUUUAUCAAAUAAUAAUAAAAUAUGCUACAAUAUUAAAAUCUAAACUUUUUCAUCAACUAAACAAACCCUAACAAACGCAAGGCCGGGCCACCAUCGAGGUGGAGGCGCACGGCGCCCGUUGGCGCUCGUGGGGUCGCUACUGUGAUCUCCAGAUGGCAAGUCAUUGUAGGGUGCGGUGAAACAGUGGUUUGCCGUGUAAAUGAUUGGAGAAAUCAGAAUAAUACUUUGGGAGUGUUGUCAUA